AUGGGGCUCUUUGCAUUUGUUUUAGGUUAUGUGUCGACUAUCCUAGAUGAGUUUAUGGGAUAUUGCAAGUUGAUACAAAAUCGGGAAGUAGGAUGGCCUACGGUGGAUCGAAAGACUGGCGAACUCAAACGCGAACAGCAGCCCAUUUGGAAGAAAAUCAAGUUAAUCCUACUUUUCAAUCCUAUAACCGAGUGGAUCGACCGGACCAAGUUGAUGAGACUCUAUCUUCAUGAUAACUCUUUAAAAGAAGGCAAAAAAGAGCGAUCACCGCGGUCAAAAUCCAAGAUCAGACCAUUUAUCGAUUUUUAUCACAUAAAUAUGAAAGAGUUUACCCCGAGCGACAUCAAAGACUAUGCUACUUUCGAGGACUUUUUUGUCCGAGAGCAUGCUCGUGGGUCUCGUCCGAUAUAUGAGGAGGGCGACGAUUCUUUCGCCAUCGUGCCUUCUGAUUGCCGUGUAGUAGUCUACCCCUCCGUCCAUCUCGCACAAAAAUUGUGGAUUAAAGGUCAACACUUCUCAAUCGCCAAUCUAUUGGGUGACCCUUCCAUCGCAGAAUCUUUUGCCGACGGACCCGUUGCAUCGUUCCGCUUAAGCCCUCAAGAUUAUCACCGUUAUCACGCCCCUGUCACUGGAACGGUGAAAUGGUAUAAACAAUUUAGUGGGGAGUAUUACAACGUUGAUCCAUGGAAUUUAAGAUCGCAUAUCGAUGUAUUGACAUCCAAUGCGAGAUGCGCAGUCUGUUUUGAAACUGAGAAGUAUGGGGAUGUAAUAUUUGUGGCAAUUGGGGCAUCGGAUGUGGGGACUGUUAAGUUUAACGAGGACACGAGAAUACCUGGGCGCAGAAUCCGUAAAGGCCAAGAGAUUGGGAGAUUUGAAUUCGGUGGAUCGAGUAUUUUGGUGGUCUUCCAGAAGGGGAGAAUUUUGUUUGAUGAGGAUUUAUUAAAUUUGAGUAAUGAGAGGAUUAUGGUAGAUGUUGAGGUUGGAAUGAGUCUAGGACGCUUGCAAGCUAAAGGGGGUGAGAAGCGUGGGAGCGUAGACGAGGGGAGUGGAAAGGUAAACGAGAAGCGUCAAAAAGUAAACGAGAUGCAUGAAAAGGUAGGCGAGACGGAGACGUAUGCACAAGCGGUGUCGGAGGGCGGGAAAAAGUCGGAUUCUGAGAAGGAAGAUACACAAACGACAAAGAGGGCUGCGAAGGCUCUGCGCAUUACCUAG